CUAAAACCCUGAAUUCGCUGUGCCUAUGCGCCCCUUGCCUUCUUUGCCUUGCAUUUUUUCAAUUGCGAAGGCUCAAAGCAAUGCAAAGAUUGAAACGAGAGAGAUGGAGGAAGCUUCGGAGAUGGAAGUAGAGGAACAGAAACAACCUGUUCAGAAUAAUCAAAGCUCAGCCAAGAGAUUGGGUCUCAAAAACUCGAUUCAAACCAACUUCGGCGACGACUACGUUUUCCAAAUCGUCCCCAAGGAUGAUUGGGCUUCCAUGGCGGUGUCAUUGUCAACUAAAGCAGCUCAGCUUCGCCUCUGUGCUGACGGUGGCGCCAACCGAGUGUACGAUGAAAUGCCUCGGUUGUUUCCCCAGGAAGAUGCCUCCGAUGUUCGGCGCAGAUACAAGCCGGAUGUAAUUAAAGGAGAUAUGGAUUCAAUACGAACUGAAGUGCUUGAUUUUUAUACGAGCCUAGGAACAGAGAUUAUUGAUAAAUCUCAUGAUCAAGACACCACAGAUCUACAUAAAUGUGUAACAUACAUUCGCGACUUUGCUCCAGAUUUGGAUAAGUCUAAUCUUUGCAUUCUUGUUGCUGGAGCACUUGGUGGGCGAUUUGACCAUGAGAUGGGAAAUUUAAAUGUCCUAUGUCGAUUCUCAUCCCUUCGAAUAGUCCUUUUAUCUGAUGAUAGUCUCAUCCAUCUUCUUCCAAGGACUCACCAUCAUGAGAUACAUAUUCUAUCUUCUAUUGAGGGCCCGCAGUGUGGACUCAUACCCAUUGGGAUGCCAUCAAGGAGUAGUACUACAACUGGGCUUCAGUGGGAUCUGAAUGAAACAGAAAUGAGAUUUGGUGGUUUAAUAAGCACAUCAAAUAUAGUUACAGGAGAGAAAGUGAUGUUUCGUGGCACUGGUUUGGCAAAAUUCUUAUCAGAAUCUAAUUUAAUUUUUAUCUCAUUAUUUCAGGUGAUCAAUGUAGGAACUUCAAUUGGGAAAGUUGGGUUUUUUGGUGAGUCUUAUGAGAAGCUCUGGUGUUUGACAAACAUUGAGACCUUAAGUGUAUGGAAUUGGAAGGAUGGAUCAAAUGAAGCUAACUUUGAGGAUGCUCGUUCACUAGCAUCAGACAGUUGGACAUUGGAUCAUGUUGAUUACUUUGUUGAUUGUCACUGCUUUGGAGGAGAAAAUUUGUGGGUGAUUGGUGGGACAAAUGCUGGCUCUUUAGGUUAUUUCCCAGUAAUUUAUAAAGGAGCAGCAGCGAUAGGACCCCCAGAAGCCGUUCUUGUGGGUGGCCAUAUGGGUGUUGUUAGGAGUAUAUUGCCUAUGUCAAGCAUGAGGAGUGAGCCUGCUCAAAGCCAAGGCAUUUUUGGUUGGACUGGUGGUGAGGAUGGUCGCUUGUGUUGUUGGAUGGCUGAUGAUUCCUCAGAGAUCAAUCGAUCCUGGAUCUCGAGUGCUUUGGUCAUGAAGUCACCAAGAAAUCGCAAAAAAAGUAGGCAUAAUCCCUACUAAAUAUCCACUGUUCAGCUCACGCUUUCUCAUCUGAUAGCCUUGUAACUUUUUCCAGCUAGCAACAAGUUUGGAGCAACAAGUUUGGAGUUGUCGGUACUGUUAUAUUGCAACGUACUCGAAAAUGAAAAUCUUAUACUGUUUAAGGAAAUUGUUACAUUCGUUUUUGAGCA